AUGGAUCCCAAUAAGAAUAUUCUUAAUUCAUCUUUAUUUUAAACUCCACUCCCUCUCAACUCAGUCCGUUAACUCCCCCAGAGACCUCUGCUUACUAAGCACAGCGAGGAGGAAGUGCUGCAAAGUUUUAAAAUGAAGAAAAACAUAUUGAUCAAGAACUACUAUUAAGUUAUAAAUCGUCAGGGGUUUGUGAACGCCAAGGAGGAGUCGUAGGCUCUGAGGAUUUGGGUAAAAGUGUUUCUUGAAACAAUAACUAAUAUAAUUCAUGAAUAUUAAGACCAUGAGCUCUUGGAGCUCUUAGUUUUUAAACUCCCGUGGUUCACUCCCACGACGACUCACGGCCAGAAUUUCAACUCCUAUAUACGACUAUGUCUGGCCGUUUUCCCUCAUGAUGUGUCCUAUAUUCAUAAAGUUAUUAAACAUAUCUUCUCUCCUCACGGAUUAUUCCAAUGCAUCAUGCUCGGUGAGCACCGGCCAGCACUAGCUGAUCUUCUGUGGGAAAGAGCACAAACAAUCAUCCACAGUUGUGAAGUUCAGUGUGAGAGUUCAGUUGACACAGAGGAUGACGGUCAUGAAACAAGAGCAAUUAGCAGUCUAGCCCAAGUUAAUACUACUGAAAAAAUUGAUUUUUUAACAAUCGAAGAAAAAGCAGACUUUUAGAAAAAUCUAAAGGAACUUAAGACUUCAGAAGAUAUUUUGGCCAGAGCGAAGCAGAUUCUGAGGGCCUAUUCUGAUCAAAAUUAAGAUAGUAUAAUUCAGGUACAGGAUAAACAAGAUUUAAUAUUCCUCAAAGUUCUUUUUAGCUUUCAUCAGACCAGAGAGCUUCCAACUAAUCCAAGAUACCCAAUUUUAAUUGGGAAAUGCUUCGGAUAUCCUACUUUUUUCGUAUAAUCUUAAAAUUAACCCGCGGACACUCUUCCCAAAGAAGAUGACGCAAUCUCAAUUAAAAAAUGUUUAAAUAGUAUUGUCUAAGCCUCCAUAAUGAGUCUCAAGACUUUCUCAGAGAAGAAGUAUGCUUAAUCCUCCCUCAAGAAACUCGGCCUCUUUCUCUCCAAAAUAAUGAAGUUAUACCCUUUUGCGCAUCAAUUUAUAAUCUAAAAUUUGAUUGAGAAGCUUCCACACAAGAGUAUGUAGCCAGAGAACUAAUACUUGUACUACAAAAUGGUGCUUGAUAUUGCAAAAGGUUCCCCAGAAAAUGAGGAAAAAAUUAUGGUAGCAAUAGUCGAGAAACUUUGCUAAUUAGAUGUAGACAUCAAGACAAAAAUAAGGAAAUUCUAAUUCUCUCAAAUUAACAAGAUCUAGCCAAUGAACUCGUACUUAAAAGAGUUGAGUGUUAAAAUUCCUAGUGAUAAAGAGACUAAGAUGGGUAUUUUGUUUGAUUUAGUUCUAGAAUAUGUUUCUGAGAGAGUCAAAUGCAUAAUGGAAAUUACUGAUGAAAAAGAGUAAAGUAACAAUUUUGACGAAUUCAUUGAAAGCCUUAUGAAGAUUUUUGAAUAGAAGAUAUUCACUGUUCACAAACUCAAUUUCAUGCAAUACUUUCCUUUGUACAUAAUCUCAUUGUCUUCAUAGCAUGAGAAGUUCAGGAUUUUUACUGAGAAAUUCUUAAGUUUCUUGCUUUUCAAGUCCUUCAAUCUAAUUACCAAAGAGCAUCUGAAUUUAAGACAGCAAAGCUGGAAUUAUCUGUCAAGUUUAUUGGCGAGAUAAAAUGGCAUAAUUAAAGAAUCUGUUUUUAUCAAAUGUUUGCACUAUAUAACCAAGUACUUUGAAUCUAAUUGCAAGAUUAAAUCAAAGAAAACAAAGCGAUCAGCAAGCAUGCUAUCCUAAUAGUCUUCUACUGACGCCUCAGAAAUGGUGAAUCUCAAUGAUCCUUAGGGGAGUUAGGACAAAAUAUAUCAACAUUGCUUUAUUUAAGGACUUACUCUAAUUCUAAACUGCAAAAUUGAUACUAUUUAAAGUGCGGAUCCAGAGUUAUUUACCACUAUUUGCAAAAUUAUUUUCAAGAAGCACUUCAACAGUUUGAUAUAUUGCUCACCUUUGAUUUUAUCUGAUUUACUAAUGUUAACUGAAAGCAAUAAGCAUGGAUUAGGCUUUUUCAAAAGCAAAUUGAGAGCUCUCUUUAAAUCUUAAUAGGAAGAAUUGAAGAGUAGUAGAAGAAAUAUUUACAAUAAAGUGAGUAAAUUUAUGGCUUAUGAAGUUCCAGUUAAGAUCUUCCCUGCUGGACUUAGAUUCUAAGAUAUUCUAAAGUACGAGGAUUUAUGUUAAAUUCUAUAUACUCCAAAUCAUAGUACUCCUGUGCAAAUAGAAGGUGUCAUACCUAAUUAAGAAGAGGAUUUAAUGAUUAUUGAUACUGAAAUCAAUCAUGAGUCUCAUUAUUCUAUUCAUUUGAAAAAUGAAGAAUUAGAUCUUCCGUCAUCAGGACAAGAAGAAGAAAAGAAAACUUAAGCAUUAUCAGACGCUAAAAAUCAGAUAUCUGAUUGUUCAAGUGCAAUUAUUUAUGUUCCAGAUGCAAAUUAAAUCGAAAAUUAAGUCCAGGAAAAUCAUGCUAUUGAUUUUACCCCAGAGAAAUCAGCCUCAAAGAGUAUCUCUCUAGAGAGUGCGAUAGCUUCAUCAAGAAAUAUGGAUAAGUUCUACUCACUCAAUGUCAAGUACGAUCCAGACAAUACCAAGCAAAUCUAUUAGAGAAGUUCCACAAUUUUGACCAACAAUAAUGUAUCAAAACUUAAUACAACUUCCCUAAGUGUUCUAAAUGUAGCUGUUGAUUCAACAAUAGCUCAUUCAGAGGACUUUGAAUUGGCAUCAUCUGGUAGAGACACUGAGUACUCCAUUUCUCCUUCUCUUCACUAAAAGCAUCCAGCUAAUCACCCCUUAUCGAGAUUAGAUGUUAUGUCUGAAAAGAGUAAAAGAAACAGGAGCAUUGAAAGAACAAAGAGAAAUAUUAUGAUGAAUCUAAAAGAGGAAAACAUAAGAGCUGAAUAAUUGGAAAAUACUAGGAAGUAAUAACUUUAGCAAUAGCAGAGUUCAUCUUAUUAGUUAUAAAACUGCAAAAAUUGGUUCUGA